AAACUAAUAUGUGUAAUAAGCGCCGAAUAUGUAUAAUCCUUGCUAAAUCUUCCUCAUGGAACCUGCAGAUGCAUGUGUUGACUUUCUGUGUUUCUGUGUUGAAUUCGGAAUUGGUCUCAAAAUCAUGAAAUUCCAAGUGUAUCAAAUAUGAUACGUUUGGCUAUAAAGGGGUAGGUAAAUCAGUAAUACAUAGGACGGUAAUGUCGCUAGAAAUCAUAUAGUACAGUACAACGCUAUGUAAAAUUACAUAAGUGAACAAAUGGCAUCCUUUAUUUUGAGGAUAAUUUACUGUAUUGACUACGUUUUAAUGUUUAAUAACUGUGUCACGCUAUAUACUCGGAAAGUACUCGUAAAUGUUGGUUAAGCAAACAGCUGUUUAGCUGGGUGAGGUAGCAGCUAGUAGCUUGGCCCUUAGCAACACUCGGGUAGCAGGCAGCCGGGAUACAGCUUUUCACUCUUACCUGGAUUUUAUUGACACGCAGCCGGGAGACAGAAGUGCUACACGAGUCUCCCCUAUAAGAUAUCAUGUCUUCCAGGGAUCGCCGGUCAGAUGUUUAUAUCAAGGCAGAACCGAGCAGUCCAGAGGGAGGUGGUGGAGGUCGGACCAGCCCUGGGGGAGCGUCCUCAGACUCCUCUCAAAGUGGAGGUGGAGAAACCAGAGGAGACGGUGCUAAACGCUAUUCGCCACCGCUUUAUACACCAGCCUUGCGUUGCCACUUCAAAGACGAGAGCGGAGACGGAGCCGACGAGGGAUCAACUGGAAACGGAGCCGGGCGGUGCAAGUAUGCCCUGAGCACGUUACCCAAGAGGCUGUGUUUGGUCUGUGGGGAUGUGGCUUCAGGCUACCACUAUGGCGUGGCUUCAUGUGAAGCCUGCAAAGCGUUCUUCAAGAGGACCAUCCAAGGUAAUAUUGAAUAUAGCUGUCCUGCAUCAAAUGAGUGCGAGAUCACCAAAAGGCGCAGAAAGGCUUGCCAGGCAUGUCGCUUCACCAAGUGCCUCAAAGUGGGCAUGUUGAAAGAGGGUGUUCGUCUUGACCGGGUCCGAGGUGGGCGACAGAAGUACAAAAGACGCCCUGAAGUUGAGAAUGCAACAUACCAGAGUGUCCCCCUAUCACUGACUAAGGAAAACGAAAAGGGUUCCUGCAACAUCAUCGUGUCUCACCUGCUAGUUGCAGAGCCAGAAAAGUUAUUUGCAAUGCCAGACCCCCUCCAGCCCGACACAGCCCAGCGCACACUUACAACCCUUUGUGACCUUGCUGACCGUGAGCUGGUUGUCAUCAUUGGCUGGGCCAAACACAUUCCAGGCUUCUUGUCUCUGUCGCUAGCAGACCAGAUGUCUGUGCUACAGUCCGUUUGGCUUGAGGUGCUGGUGCUGGGUGUAGCGUACCGUUCGCUUGGCUGUGAAGACGAAGUCGUCUUCGCUGAGGAUUUUGUCCUUGAUGAAGAAAUGUCUCGUGUUGCUGGCCUAACGGAGCUAAAUGCAGCAAUCAGUCAACUAGCCCGACGUUUCCGUGCCCUGAAUGUGGACCGAGAAGAGUUUGUCAUGCUGAAAGCCAUCGCGCUGACUAACUCAGAUUCCGUUUACAUAGAGGACAUGGAAGCAGUGCAGAAGCUACGGGACCUCCUUCACCAGGCUUUACUGGAGCUGGAGUGUCAGCGACGCCACGACGAUCCCCAGCGAGCCGGUCGUCUCCUUUUAACGCUGCCACUUCUCCGACAGACCGCCGGUCGGGCUCUGACUACUUUCUACAGCAUCAAGACCCGUGGUGGUAUACCCAUGCACAAACUAUUCUUGGAGAUGCUGGAAGCUAUGAUGGACUCUCCCUAGAGUGGAGCAGCGAACAUAGGAUGACGUAUAGACUCGACUGAUCUAGUCUUUAUGAGUGGGUAAAUUGUUUGUCAUAAAGGAAAUGUUUUAUUAGAGGAGAAAAGGGAUACUUCUCCAUUGUAGCUGACGUGAGGUGAGAGACAGUUUAAAAAAAAUAAAAAUAAAGACCUUGCCAGCUAUAAAGUUAGUCGUCAAGCUUCAGUAAGCACUGUCAAGAUCCAUAUUUGUGUGGACAAAAAUCUGAGAAGUGAUACAACCAGUUUGCCAAGUUCCUCGCAGUGGCCUCCAUACAAUUUCAUCGCAGUUGCAAAACCACUGGAAAACAUGGAAGUCGUCAAGAACAGACUGCAGCCUUGCGGCUUUUGAACUUUGAAGCUAAUGCAACAGUGACUCAUGUAAGCCAUAACAUAUCCGGCCAAGACUUGAGGGUCCACUUUAGUACACAGGGUGCAUUACUGUAACUAUAGUAUAGUGCCGUUGUAGGCAGGUUUUUUUUUUAAUUAAUUUUUGGUAGGACUUACUCGCAAUAGGCUAAAAGCAAUAUAAUGACUUACUGUUCAUCAUCCUUAAAAGCUGUUCACGUGUUAAGUUCCUUCAUAGUUAGUCAUGAGCUGGUAGUUUUCCACUCUCAGGACCCCAAGUUCUUUGUUUUAUUUCAGCCAUAGACUGGUCUGGACCUGCUAAGAGAAAGCUGUCAGAUUGUGGGAAGGUUUCAAUGUAUCAGCACUAAUUUUAAGUAUAUAAUCUAGGAAAGGUGCACCUGAAAUGUGUGGCCGUAAAAUCCUCCGCUGUUAUGACUCAGAGGGGAAUUAACGCUCAUAAUUUAUGAGGUUUUUGUUAAUCCUGUUUGCACACUAAAAAUGGCUUCCAUUUGCAA